AUGGGGCUCUCGAACCGACUCCACGACGCCUCCAGCGAUUCCAUCCCGAUCCUUCUCGCUGUGGCGGCCACCGGGUGGGUCUCCUACCUUCGCUCCCUCCUCCUCUGCCUCCUCCACUCUCUCGGCCUCCUAUGCCUCCACCCCUCCUUCGCCGAGGCCGACGGUCCCCUCUUCUCUGCUGCUGGGUUCGGCCUAGCUGGACUCGUCGUCGUGGCCUCCUCCGAACGCCCCUUCGCUUACGAGGCCUUGCCGUCGGCGGCCGCGGAGGGGGAACGAGAGCACGGAGAGGUUAGGGUUGGAGGAUCGGGGGGAGAGCAGGGAGAGGGAGAGGGAGAGGGAGAGGGAGGCGGCAUUGGUGGCGGAGGGACAGAGGAGAAUGGAGGUGGGCUGGGGGAGUACGGCGGGGUGGCGGUGGAAUUUGGCGAGGUGGUUGGUGGCGGUGAAUGA